CCCAAAUCAUGUUGGGGCAAACAGUGCUUGCCCUUUUAUUCACAGAAAAUGCAAUGACAAAUGCAUUAUUAGCGACAACUUAUAUCUCUGUUAUACCCAACUUACUACUCUAUUUUGUCCCUCCCAAUAUUAAACCGACUACCCUGAAUACACUUGUUCAUUUUGCUAUUGGUAGCUUACUAGGCGAUGUAUUUAUUCAUUUGUUGCCUCACGCUUUUAGUAAACAUCAACAUAACCAUCACGAUCAAAACAAUGAACAUAAACAUAUUUUGGUGGGCAUCAGUACAUUUGCUGGAUUGUUCAUAUUUUAUGCUUCAGAUAAAAUAAUGAGAUCUAUAUAUGGCAAUAAGGGUCAUAGCCAUAGUCAUAAAGAUCAGAAAGAGAAAAAGGGACAUGAAAAGAUAAUACAGGCCAGCACUUAUCUUAAUCUAUUGGCAGAUUUUACUCACAACCUGACGGAUGGUAUUGCUAUGGCUGCAUCGUUUUACGCAUCUCCUGCAGUUGGUGCAACGACAACAAUCGCUGUAUUUUUUCAUGAAAUACCUCAUGAAGUGAGUGAUUAUGCUAUCCUCAUCAAAUCAGGAUUCAGUAAAAAGCGUGCAAUGAUGGCCCAAUUUACGACUGCAAUAGGCGCCUAUAUUGGUACCUUGAUUGGCAUAUUCAUUGAGGAGACAGCCAUUCAAUUCCUUGAUCAUCACCGCCGUGGAUUAUUAGGUACAGAUAUGACUUGGGGAGAUUUGACGAUUCCAAUUACUGCUGGAGGCUUCAUUUAUAUUGCUACAGUAGGUGUCAUGCCAGAGUUACUAGGUCAUCAUCAUAGCAAACUUCAGGCAUUGAAAGAACUCAUUGCUAUGAUAUCGGGAAUUGGACUAAUGGCUAUCAUCUCUUGGAAGGAGCCACAUCAUCACUAAUACCCACCUCUCCUGGAUUACAUGUGUAAAUAAAGGCUAGAUAUAAUAAAUGAUAUGAUCGGCGUUUUAAUUGGUUCCUGAGCUGGAAAAUUGAGGGAGGGUUGUAUUGACCAACAAAGUGAGCAA